AUGCCAUCAGUACCCCUCUUCCCUCCACAAAAGACGGGGUCGUCGUCGUCGCAAAGCACAUUCAGUCCUCUUCCGCCCCUCCUCCAAACCCCCUCCGGCCUCGCUAUUCUCGAACUCCAAGGAACAAUCAAUAUUCCUUCUUGGUCUACUACCGCGACGGACAAAGACGGUGACGUCACUUACAACGAUGACGAUUCUCUAGACAAGGAUACCCCUGACGGGGGGAAGACGAUCGAGACCGAGCUCGGCAGACUCAUCUUCCCGGACUACGUGGACGGCAUGGAUGCGGACAAUAACAAGUGGAUGAAGCGCGCCUAUAUGUUUAUCGGCCGGUACCAGCGUAUGACUGGCGAGGUGAAGAAGCUGGCGAAACCUCUGGCUGUUAUCCAGCGCCGACAAACAACUGAAAAUGGGAAAGGCAAGGGAGAAGAAGAAGAAGAAGGAGGGGAUGAGCUUGAGAUUGUGGAGAUUAUCAAGUACAAGAUCAUUUUCGCCUCGAGACCGGAGCCCGUGGGAAUAGAGUGA